AGAAAUAGGUAAACAAAUGCAUAAAUAUUUGUUCUUAAAAUUAGCACCGCUUUUAUUAAUGAUUUAUACAUCAUAGUGCAACUAACUAUCGAGGUUUUUCACCGUUACGUAAAAUAUAGAGCUUUUCUUCGCACACAUUAGCCUUGGCCGUAAUGCGGCCUUGAGCUAAUGCUAGCAUGUUGUGUUGUAAAACGAAAAUCAAAUCGUUGUUGCAAAGCGUGAGUCUUUAAAGAUGGAAAUAUUUGAUAGUGUACAAUUGUUAUUUUAGAUGUACACAUACUUACUCGUUUUCAUUGCGAUUUGAUUCCUUUUAGUCUUCUUGCGAAUGACGCUCAAUUAUUGAAUGAUUCCUAAACUAAUGGAGCCAUGAACUGGAACAAAGGCGGUCCAGGAGUGAAGCGUGGGUUUGGUUUCGGAGGUUUUUCCCUUGCAGGGAAGAAAGAGGAGCCUAAUGUUCCCCCAAAAUCUCACACAUCACUUGGCGCUUCUGGAUCAAGUGGCAGUUAUGGGAAAAGCCCACAGCUUCCGUCUUUCUACAAAAUAGGGUCCAAAAGAGCUAAUUUUGAUGAAGAAAACGCGUAUUUCGAAGACGACGAAGAAGAGUCCAGCAGCAACGCCGAUCUGCCCUACAUUCCUGCUGAGAACUCGCCCACGCGGCAGCAGAUGAAGUCGGGCGGCGGUGGCGGCUCAGACAGUGAAGACGACCCGUUGGACGCCUUCAUGGCAGAGGUUGAGAACCAAGCAGCUAAAGACAUGAGGAAACUAGAAGAAAAGGAGAAAAAAUCAACCAAGGGUAUUCGUGAUGACAUUGAGGAAGAAGAUGAGCAAGAAGCGUAUUUCCGCUACAUGGCAGAGAAUCCCACAGCAGGGCUGACCCAGGAGGAAGAGGAGGAAAACAUCGACUAUGACAGUGAUGGAAACCCAAUUCCUUCUACAACCAAGAAAAUAAUCCUGCCGCUGCCACCAAUUGAUCACUCAGAGAUCGACUACCCACCUUUUGAGAAAAACUUUUACAUUGAACACGAGGAGCUAAGCAUUCUCAACGGCAGCCAAGUGUUGGAGUUGAGGCAGAAACUCAACUUGAGAGUUUCUGGUGCUGCCCCUCCUAAACCUUGCACCAGCUUUGCUCACUUCGGCUUCGAUGAGCAGCUGAUGCAUCAGAUUCGAAAGUCUGAAUACACUCAGCCCACGCCGAUCCAGUGUCAGGGAGUUCCCAUUGCGCUUUCUGGACGCGACAUGAUCGGCAUUGCAAAAACAGGAAGUGGUAAGACAGCGGCAUUCAUCUGGCCGAUGCUGGUUCACAUCAUGGACCAGAAGGAGCUGGAGCCGGGAGAGGGACCUAUAGCGGUCAUCGUGUGUCCCACCAGGGAGCUCUGUCAACAGAUCCAUGCAGAGUGCAAGCGUUUUGGGAAAGUGUACUCGCUGCGUUCUGUGGCUGUUUACGGAGGCGGCAGCAUGUGGGAGCAGGCCAAGGCUCUGCAGGAGGGAGCAGAGAUCGUGGUGUGCACGCCGGGUCGCCUGAUUGACCAUGUUAAAAAAAAGGCCACAUCCUUGCAGAGAGUGACAUAUCUAGUGUUUGAUGAAGCUGAUCGCAUGUUUGAUAUGGGAUUUGAAUAUCAGGUGAGAUCAAUUGGAAGCCAUGUUCGCCCAGACAGGCAGACUCUUCUCUUCAGCGCCACUUUUCGGAAAAAAAUCGAGAGGUUGGCGAGGGACAUUUUAGUUGAUCCUAUUCGGGUUGUGCAAGGCGACAUCGGAGAGGCCAACGAGGAUGUGACUCAGUUGGUGGAGCUGCUGCUCAGCGGAUCAGAUAAAUGGAACUGGCUGACCCGAAGGCUGGUCGAGUUCACUUCCACCGGCUCUGUGCUCAUUUUCGUCACCAAGAAGGCCAACUCUGAGGAGUUGGCCACUAACUUGACUCAGGAGGGCUACAGCCUCGGCCUCCUGCACGGAGACAUGGACCAGAGCGAGAGGAACAAAGUCAUCAGCGACUUCAAGAAGAAAAAUUUACCCGUUCUGGUUGCCACUGAUGUCGCCGCCCGUGGUCUGGACAUCCCGUCAAUUCGCACCGUGGUGAAUUACGAUGUGGCGCGCGACAUCGACACGCACACUCACAGAAUCGGCCGAACGGGUCGCGCCGGGGAGAAAGGUGUCGCUUACACCCUUCUGACCAGCAAAGACACUUCGUUUGCCGGCGACUUGGUGCGAAACCUGGAGGGAGCCAAUCAGGCCGUUCCCAAAGAGCUCAUGGAUUUAGCCAUGCAGAAUCCCUGGUUCAGGAAAUCGCGGUUUAAGGGAGGUAAAGGAAAGAAGCUGAACAUCGGUGGAGGCGGUCUUGGUUACAAAGAGAGACCGGGUCUGGGGGCCGAGAGCUCUGAACGUGGCAGCAGCUUGUCUUCUGCUAGUAGCUUUGAAAGCUACAGCAAACCGACAACUGGGGCGAUGGGGGACCGCAUGUCUGCACUGAAACAAGCUUUCCAGGCUCAGUAUAAGAGCCAUUUUGUGGCGGCAACCAGCGGCUCUCCGAAGCUCAGCACCAAGUCUAGCAGCUCCUCCGGUUGGACCAGCGCCGGCAGCCUGAACUCUGUGCCAACAGAGGCCGCCAACGGCUCAGAGCGACCCAACCUGGCACCCUUUUCAAUGCCUGGUUUCACCAGCGCCGGCUCCCUGAGUUCCGUGCCCGCCAAUCCAACUGGCUCACAGCACAGCAGCUCUCCACCCGCACCCCCGACACACAGAGAGAUCCCGCGGGACCGACACGGGGAGUCCCAGGGUCGUCCCGGCGACGGCCAUCACCGCCACAGCGACAGGAGCGACCGGCAUAGCAGCGAGGAUCGCUACGGUGACCGGGACCGACACGGAGACAGAGAUCGCGACCGCCAUGGUGAUAGAGAUCGCCACAGCAGCCGCCACAGCGACAGCCGGAAUGGCGACGGAAGCAGAAGAGAGAGAGAUGACCGUAGAGGGGACAGGGAUGGCGGAGACAGGGGAAGCGGGGAGGGGAGGGACAGGGAUGGCGGAGACAGGGGAAGCGGGGAGGGGAGGGACAGGGAUGGCGGAGACAGGGGAAGCGGGGAGGGGAGGGACAGGGGAGACGAUAGCUUCGCAGUUCCCGACCCGCCGAAACGCAGAAAGAGCCGAUGGGAUAACUAAAGUUAGCACAUCUUAGCUCCAUAUGUUCAGCUCCAUAACGAGAGUUGGUCCGUCUAGGCAGGUAGCAGAGCAGAUCAGAGCUUGAAAGAAGCAGCCAUUUUGGUUUAAGCGGUCAGAAAAGUUGGUUUGGACUCAAGGUUUGUUCAGCACAGACAAUUCAUAAACACCAACUGUACACAUACCAUCCAAGCUGAUGUUACUGUUAGUCAAGUCGAGCAUAAAAGCUGUGAAUUCUAAUGUCUGUAAAAAAUAAAGAAAUGCAGUUUAAGAUGCAUUCUCACACAUCUUUAUGCUUGCAAAGCUCAUGCUUUGUAUAUUUUCAUUUUGUGUACUACAAAAUUUCAGUUCACAGGUAAAUGAACAUGUCAAAGCAGCUUUGUGUGGCUCUUUUUGUGUAUUGUAUUCAUGUUUUAGUGGAGUGCCUUUCCAUGGCAUACGUGUAAAUCGCAAAUAAUAAAACAUGUUUGAUUAAAA